AAUCACUUAAAGUAGCAUAUAUACCAGCACUUUUUACACAACACUUCCAGUAUCAUACAUCUCACCAAACUAUGACAAUGAGCACCUCUCGUCCUCUGGAGAUUUACAUGCUCCCCUUCCUCUCCUUCAGCCACAUGAUCCCACUCUCCGAAAUCGGCCACCUCUUCUCCUCAGCCGCCCAAAAUGUCACCAUCCUCACCACUCCUCACAACGCUUCUUCUCUCCUGAAAAAAACCACUGACUCGCCUAAUUUCCGCGUCCAAACAUUUCCCUUCCCUGCUAAACAAGUCGGCCUUCCUGAUGGCCUCGAAAACUUUCUAUCUGCCAAAGACAUUCCUACUGCCUCUAAACUUUACGCUGCAAUGACUCUUCUUCAAGCAGACCUCGAAAGUUUCAUGAUCUCUAACCCUCCCGAUGUUAUAGUUUCUGAUAUGUUUUUUCCUUGGACCGCUGAUUUUGCUGCCAAAAUCAGCGUUCCAAGGAUCGUGUUUCAAGGGGUGUGCAUGUUUGCACAGACCCUCAAACACGAGGUUCGUAAAUCUGAUUCACCACAUCACAGUGUUGAAUCAGAUUACGAGCUUUUUGUCAUCCCAAAUCUCCCACACAAGAUCACAAUGACACGGUCACAGCUUCCGGACUAUAUACGAACCCCAAACGGGUACACUCAGCUAAUGGAACAGUGGAGAGAGGCUGAAUUGAAGAGCUACGGCAUCAUUGUUAACAACUUUUCAGAGCUCGACUCUGUGUACACUGAUUACUACAAAGAUGCUACGGGAGGAAAGAUUAAAAUCUUCCAUGUCGGCCCGACAUCGUUAUUAAACUCGAACAGCAAUAACAAGAUGGAGAGAGGCCAUGAGACAGUCGUCACUGACAACGACCGUCUCAAUUGGCUUAACGAGAAAAAUUUUAAUUCGGUGAUUUAUGUGUGCUUCGGGAGUGCCUGUGUGUUUCCUGACCUGCAGCUUAUGGAAAUAGCCUGCGGGUUAGAAUCAUGCGGGAAAGAUUUUAUUUGGGUGGUUUUCGGAAAGGAUGAGGAGAAGGAUGAUGACAUGAUUAAAUGGACACCCUCUGGUUUUUAUCAGAAUGUGAUUAAAACCAAGAGGGGCAUGAUCGUCAGAGGAUGGGCGCCGCAAGUGCUCAUCUUAAAUCAUCCGUCAGUGGGCGGAUUUGUGAGUCAUUGUGGAUGGAACUCUGUGAUUGAAGCUGUGAGCUGUGGAGUUCCAAUGGUGACAUGGCCUUUAUAUGCUGAGCAUUUUUAUAAUGAGAAGCUGUUGACUCAGGUGUAUGGGAUUGGAGUGGAAGUUGGGGCAGAGGAGUGGAACUUAUGGGUUGAUUCUGGUAAGAAAAUUGUUAGGAGGGAGAAGAUAGAAGAGGCUGUGAGGAAGUUGAUGGACGGUGAGGAUGAAACGGUGAAGGAGAUGAGGAGGAAAAUUGAAGAGCUUGGGGAUGUGGCUAAGAAGGCUGUACAAGAAGGUGGUUCUUCACACAAGAAUUUGAUGGUGCUGAUUGAAGAGCUGAAGAAACUCAGAGACCAGUGAAUUCUGGGACACCGGGUGUGUUUGAUGAGUCUUAUUUCUCAAAAAUAAAUAUUUCUUCCGAAUAUGAGGAAUCCAAUUGCAGGGUCUUUAUAAUGUGUGGUCAGUAACUACUUUUUACUUGGGUUAAAGAUUUUGAUUGGUCGAGAUUUUUAUGCAUGCAUGAGAUCAUCAUUAUUAAUGAAACUAGAGCUAACAGUAAUCUCAUUAUCUUCGGAAUAUGUAGAACAAGGAGAGAGCAGCCUAAAUGGUCAUUAAACUUCUUACUUGUUUUCAA